CUUGCUUUUCUUUGCUUCGAAGCAAAUAUCAAAGCAAGUCUCCAUCGCACACUGAAUAAUGUUGCAACAAGUAUACAUAGAUCUCUUCUCCCUCCGAUGUAUAUACAGAGCAAGUAAGCAUAUGCACACAAGUAACAGUCGAGUCGUGACCCUAGUUUAACUCGUUCUUUUGCGACGGCGUAUGGUCGCAACAACCAUGGCGACAAUAUUCAGAGAGAAAACAAGGGGAAGUGGAAAAGUUUCCUUGAUCCAUUUCUUGGCUCGAGGUUUCGCCGUGGCAGCGACUAUUUUUCUCCUAGCAGAUGGAAGACAUGCUCACGUCGAGUAUGUCGAGGUACCAGGUGACCAUACGCCCGCCCAGGGACCGGAAGUGCCGAGCAGCGAGGCGAUCGACGGGCAGUGGGGGAUGGUGAAGACGAAGGGAAGCCAGUUCGUCGUCAGAGACCGGCCGUUCUACGUCAACGGCUUCAACACGUACUGGCUCAUGAUCCUCGCCGUCGACCCGUCAACGAGGGGGAAGGUAACCGAGGUGUUCCGGCAGGCGGCGGCGGUCGGGCUGACAGUGUGCCGCACGUGGGGGUUCAACGAUGGCGGAUGGAGGGCGCUCCAGAAGUCGCCCUCCGUCUACGACGAGGAUGUCUUCAAGGCGCUGGAUUUCGUGGUGAGCGAGGCAAGGAAGUACAGGAUCAGGCUGAUAUUGUCGCUGAGCAACAACUGGGACGGCUACGGCGGCAAGGCACAGUACGUGAAAUGGGCCAGGGACGCCGGCGCCAACGUCACCUCCGACGACGACUUCUUCUCCGACCAAACCGUCAAAUGCUACUUCAAGAAUCACAUUAUGAACAUGCUUACGAGGGUGAACACGUACACGAACGUGAUGUACAAGGACGACCCGACCAUCUUCGCAUGGGAGCUCAUGAACGAACCGCGCUGCACGUCGGAUCCAACCGGGAACAAGCUGCAGGCGUGGAUCCAAGAAAUGGCGUUCCAAGUGAAAUCCAUUGACCCGGGUCACCUGCUGGAGGUCGGCACGGAGGGCUUCUACGGCCCGUCGUCGUCGGCCCGCAUGCAGACCAACCCGAACACCUUCGCCGGCAAGACCGGCACCGACUUCAUCCGCAACCACCGCAUCCUGGGCAUCGACUUCGCCUCCGUCCACGUCUACCCGGACACAUGGCUCUCGGGUGCGACGCUGGAGAUGCAGCUCAAGUUUGUGCAGUCGUGGAUGCAGGCGCACAUCGCCGACGCCGAGGGCGAGCUCGGCAUGCCUGUGCUCUUCACGGAGUUCGGGGUGUCCACAAAGGCCCGAAGCGCCUUCAACGCGACGUCGAGAGACCGCUUCAUCCAGGCGGUGUACGGGGAGCUGCUGGGCUCGACGCGGCACGGCGGCGCCGGGGCGGGGGGCCUGCUCUGGCAGGUGUUUCCGGAGGGGACCGACUACAUGGACGACGGCUAUGGCGUCGUGCUGCCCAGGGCGGCGGCCACCGCGGGGAUCAUGUCCGCGCACUCCAAGAAGCUGCAGACCUUCAACUCCAGGUGCGUCUGGAGCUGCCGCUGGGGAUGCAAGAAGAGGGAGGAGCAGUCGGAGGAUGUUGACCUGCUGUUCAACGACGAGCUAUGAAUGUAGGAUAUAUUAUGUUGGGAGAUUAGAUUAAUUAUUGUGUAGCAUUACUGGAAAUUAUAAACAUGGGAAAAGUUGAGCAUAUGAAUAAGAUGAUGAGUUGUUGAGGUAAAAUAUUUCCGUGAACAUAAAUUGGACUUAAUAAAGGGAACC